UCUGAAUGGGGACUCGGUCCAGCUUGUGACAGCUCCUCCGGUAGUAUAAUCGUAGACGCCACGGUCCGCUCAUCCAGUCAGGUCCGCUGAUUCCAGACACACCGGUAGUCAACGGCACUGCUCCACCGGUAGUACACAUUUAUUCAGGAAUGAGAAAUGAUGGCCGGCUCUGCAGCAGAGGAGAAAACCUUCCGACGGUUCCUGGAGCUCUUUCUUCGGGAGAUGAGAAUGCCUCUGCAGGAGAGCGACCCGCUGCCGAUGCGCCCCUUGUCGGACCUGGUGUCUGAGGACGAGGUGGAAGGGGAAUGCCUCGACCUGUGUCUCCAACACCUCUACAAAUAUAACUGUCCGUGCUCCCUGGCUGCAGCCUUGGCUAGAGCCACAGCAGACAGCAUCCUGCAGACUGACCUCUCCAUCCACCACCUCAAUAAGACUGUAGAAGAUGGAGCUGACCCACUACCACAGAUAGAGUCUGUGAAGCUGGCCCGGCUGGUGUUCAAUAGACUGUUUGAGAUGUGCUGCCUCUGGCUGAAGGAGCUGCCCUUCCGCCGCCGCCCACAGCCAUACUACGAAACUUCCAUCCACGCCAUCAAGAACAUGAGGCGCAAGAUGGAGGACAAGCAUGUCAUCAUCCCUGACUUCAACACACUCUUCAAUGUUCAGGAUCAGGAAGAACAGGCUUUCUUUGCCGUAUUUGACGGCCAUGGCGGUGUGGACGCUGCCAUUUAUGCUGCCAAUCACCUCCAUGUCAACCUAGUUCGGCAGGAAUCCUUCAGCCAGGACCCCAGCGAGGCGCUCUGCAGAGCCUUCAAACUCACUGAUGAACGCUUUGUGAAGAAGGCCUCACGAGAGAACCUGCGCUGUGGCACAACAGGUGUGGUGACGUUCCUGCGGGGCCAGACGUUGCACGUGGCCUGGUUGGGGGACUCCCAGGUCAUACUGGUGAGGAGAGGACAGGUCGUGGAGCUAAUGAAACCACAUAAACCAGACAGAGAGGAUGAGAAGCAGAGGAUCGAGGCUCUGGGGGGCUGUGUGAUCUGGUUCGGCACUUGGAGGGUUAAUGGCAGUCUGUCUGUAUCCAGAGCAAUAGGUGACUCCGAGCACAAACCCUACAUCUGUGGUGAUGCAGACCAUAGCAUCUUCCCACUGGAUGGUUCAGAAGACUACCUGAUUCUGGCCUGCGAUGGCUUCUGGGACACAGUGAGUCCGGAUGAGGCGGUGCGGGUGGUCAGUGACCACCUCCAGGAGAACACUGGAGACACCACCAUGGUAGCCCACAAGCUUGUGGCCUCUGCCCGUGAUGCGGGCUCUAGUGAUAAUAUCACUGUCAUAGUGGUCUUCUUGCGGGACCCACGCUCCCCGCCGCCCACCAGCACUGAGGAUGAGGAGGAGGGUGUGGUGGAGGGAGAGGUGGAGGAAGAGGAGGCAGCGGAGGUGGAGGAGGAGGAACAAGAAGAGGAGGAGGAGGAAGAUGAGGCAGUCAGGGCAGAGCGUGGCGGUGGUGAGGGAGGCAGCACUGCGGACAUUGGGGGGAAGAGUCGCGGAGGCUGGCCCCUGCAGCAGUGCUCGGCCCCUGCUGACCUCGGCUACGAAGACCGAACGGACUCGUUCACGGACAGAACUAGUCUCAGCCUGCUGGGGCCAUCGCUGGAGGGCCGCAUCUCUCUGACCCCGGGCUCACGGCAGCCCUGCUCCAACUUUAGCCCCGACCUCUUCACAGCCUCCCACAUCUACCGAGAAGAACGCCCACUGAGGCGCAGGUCCUGUGUCCCGUUUCAGGAGCCCAGCAUCUCUAGCUUCACGGACCCACUCUGGCCCCAGACAGCCAUGCUGUUGGGCCAGGCAGUGAGACGAAGCCGCAGGCUCAGUUAUGGUAGUCGCCUAUGGGGCCGGAGGUGGCCAGGUAGAUCCAGGGAGCUGCUAGGCCUGUUACCAUCUGGCUACUUGCCGCCCUACUUGCAGCGCUACUCCAACCGGAGGCCAGGUGUGGCAGUGCCUCAACUGCCCCACGAUGCCACCAUCUGAAGUGGUGACCCAAACCAAACCAUCUCCUUCAUUUAUUCAGUCCUGCUCCCUGCCCCUCAACCCACCCACCCACUUCUGCCUUCAACAACACGUCUUUCUUUGAUAGUAGGUAGUUGUGGCUCCUGCAGUCGUUAUGUGAUUAUUGAGUCUCUGUCGGAAGAGUGGUGCUCUCUGUCCUAAGCCGAAAUGUUUCCAGACGUAAGCUGGCCCACUGAGCACAAGUCCUGCUCCUUAAUGCUGUAGGUAAAGUGUAAAACUGCAUCCUCUCCAUUGUUACCAUUGAUCAGUCAACAUGAAGCCAGGGCUGGAAGUGCAGGUUGUGUUAUAAGACGUGUUCAGACUGAAUGUGAGAUGAGUCUUGGAGGCUGCGCCAUUGCUUACAACGUUUGUGAGAAGACUGUCUUGAGCUGUUCGAGUUUACUGCCUGAGCGAGGAUGAAAAAGAAGGUUUAGAGGUAAAUAACAGGAAGAACUCGGAGCUCCAGGUCAAUUUUAAAAUCAAUCACCUGGACUCUGAGCUGUCAUGUAACAUGUACUUUGACUGUGUGCUGUUACCUAACUGGAGCUUAAGUCUGCGUUAAACAAAAGCUUCUCAGUGCUUGAUUAGGCAAAGCUUCACUUGCAUUCAGUCUGAACACUAGUUAAAAUCUAAUUACUUUGUCGCGACACAUUCUUGUCAGUGUCUUCAGACAGAAAUAGUGUAUUUUGGAGGAGAAGAAAAGGUUAUUAAGCUUUCAGAAGAAGUAUGAGUAUAUACUACGUGGCCAAAGUUAUGUAGACACCUAACCUUCACACCCAUAUGUGAUAGUGGAACAUGUUACUCCAAGAGCAUUAAUGUGCUGUUAUAACACCCUUCACUCUUUGAAGGAUUUCUUCAGAUUUUGGAACCUAGGUGCAGGGAUCUGCUCCCAUUCACCCAUAGCAGCAUCAGCGAGGUCAAGUUAGGAAAGAGUGAAAGAGGUUCACUGUAUGAUCACUCAGCUUUGUUAUUUCUCUUUCCUUCUAUUUUAUGUCGCCCAGGUACAAACGCAGGGUGAGGUGACACGUAUCAUCUUUUGUCUUAAGACAGCUGUCGAGAAUGUCAAGCGACUGAGCAUUAUAUUAAGCUCUAAUGGCCCAGCUUGCCUCUUUGCCCUCUCAGCAAUCCUUUGGUGGCAGAUGAAUAAAGUUCAUAGAGGAGGCCUGGAACAAUUGUUGCUCCUGGUUUCUGGGACUGAAGGCACAUGCUGUUCUGCCCCCUCCCAUAAAGUCAAUGACCCAGCCAUUAUCCAGCCACAGUUUGUCUACAGAUAAAAGCACUUAACAUCGGAUUAUAAAAGAUUAGUAGUCACAUACCUGAAUAAAUGCUUUGUGUAGUCCAGUAUUCCAGAUGGGGAUAUACCGGUACUCCUGGGAUAAAUGUUUUGGGGUUUUUUUUUUUGUUUUGUUUUGUUUUUUUUUUGGAGAGGGGGCAUAUUUAAAAAUAUAUUUUUGUUAUAGCUGCUGUUGGGCCACAUAGUAAUUGCAAGUAUUUCAAGUGUAUUUACUUUUACACAAAAGCCACUGAAAAGAAUAAUUUUCCAGCAGGCUUGAUAAAUGCACAACAGUUAAAUGUUUGGGCCAGGAUAGUUGAAAGCUGCAGAACACGUGCCUUCCAAAUGUGUUGCUAAAGCCUACUCCCCUUAGACACACAUUCAGUAAUUAUUAAAUGUAUGUGUUAAUAUCACCAUUAAGAACAAGUCUGGCUUGUGCUUUCAAAGGAAUAGUUUGACAUUUUGAGAAAUGCGCACAGACAUGAGAGAGGUGUUAAUCUUCUCAUCAAGAAAGUGAAUAAGCGUAUUUCCCAAAGAUAUCCUUUAAGAUUUAUAGUCCUUCAAAUAACACAAAGAGAAUCUGCCCAUUUUGGAGGCCUUAGUAGCCUGAGGUAAGAGAGUAGAGUUUCCUAUCUGUAAAUCAAGUUGUGGUGUUGAUAGCCACACAGCAACAAAACCACACAGCAAACAUCCCAGUCAUCACCAACUCCAAGAUAGCACCAUGACUCCUGUGGCCCCACAGCACCUUCAUAAUUGGAUCUUUCUUCGAUCUAAUGUAGACUAUGGAGUGCGCCCUCUCUACUGACAGUGUAAGACACUCAGUCUUUAUGCCACCUUUCAUAAGACUGCACUCACCUACAACACCUGACUAAGACAUAAAAACUAGUUCUCCACUGAUAUUCAUUGGUUUUAAUAUGCCAAACACCAAAUAUAGUAGGUAGUCUAUCUUUAGAAUUCCUUUUCAAGGCAGAUUCAUAAUCAUAAUUGACAAACAACUAUGUAAUCAUCAAAUAAUAAUAAUCCUCCUACUGAUUUAUAUGGUGAUGCUAUAAUAAAAAGUUUCAUAUUACAUUCAUAUUAAUCCCUUUCAGAUGAGGCUAAUAGCCCCCAUACCUAGUUAACAUGGUGAGACCGAUCUAUGGAAAGACUUCUGUCACUUUGCAUUAAAUGUGUAACUUUCUUUCAAAUACGCACUAUAUAGAAUUACUGUAUCUAACCAUACUCAAUAACUGUAAACUAACUACCCCACAAAUUUACUAUGAAGACUACUAUGAAAAUAAAAAGUAAACCCUGAGCCACAUUAAGUUCAUAACUCCGUCAGUCACUUUUAAAGUACUGAAAAUCCUCCUGUUUCCAUCAGCACGCAUAAACUCCUUUUGUUCCUUCUCACUGCUACAUUUUUCAUUUGUUGUUGGAGCAACUGAUGCUUGUUAAGCCCCACCUCCCUUAGUAACUGUUGCUACACCCGCCUGGCUUUCAAUCCUCACAUGCCACUGUGUACAGUAACAGUGGCUGAUCUACCACUCCAAAUUCAUGAUAAUUUUUUAAAACUUUGUUCUUUAUUAUGUUUGACCUUUAGAGUUACAUGAGAAAAGGCUGAGGGUGAGGACUAACUGAUGUGUUUGAAACAUAAUGCUAUCUCAGGUAAAGAUUGGGCUGCGGUUGCUGGACUUGCUAACAUUACACCAUGCGUGAUACAGAAUGUGAGGAGCCGAGAAAACAAACACUCAUUUCCAAGUUACAGUUGCUAAGCUGUGAUUGGACAAUCAGUGUCCAUGGGUGGGGUUUACCGAACGUUCAUUUGGACACAUGAAAUAUUCCCUAACAUUAUAACAUCAUCAUUCACCAUUCCUUAGCUGAUGCAGUGAAUUUUCAAAUGUCAGGAUGUUAGCGAUAACCAGGUUCUGUAAAUCGUGCCUCCACUUUCCUGGCCCAGUCACUGGCUAAUGAAACACCCAGCGGGUGUGAUAUCCAAACAGAUGAUUUAUCUGACAGCUGGUUACUGGUUUGUCACCCUUGACACAAAGGGCCAUCACCUCCCUUUUCAGUCUUGCUGGUAGAUGGGGACUCACCUCAGAGUCUCCUGUAACCAACUUGUGGACUGACUAGUGAAGAGCAUCUGACUGUCAGUGGAGCAGAAUGUACCUCAUGUCCCAGAAAGUCCUCAGAGACUUGGUGAAGUGGGUCGACAUGAGGUGGUAUUUUUCUUCUUUUUUUUUUUUUUUAGUUGGGAAGCAGCUCUUCUUUUCGGGGGCAUCUAGCUAUGAGGAAUGUACUGCCAAGACACUCAACUCAACAAACUAAAGCCACUGGAUCCCUUUGUGGAAGGAUCACUGCAGUCAUUGUCUCUAGAUGUGAUGGUUGAUGCCGAUAGAAGAUGGGAGAAGUACCAGAGAACAUUGGAAAUCACAGUCACUUAAACUGUUCACUUGGGUGUGGAUGUGAAUGUAUAUUAUGAGUACUAAUUGUGAGUUGAGCGAGUGCUGUAGGAAUGUACAUAUAAUAAUUCUGUCUUGUAAAUCAGUGGUUUUUGAUCCAUGCUCCACAAGGCCUGACAGAUAGCUCAGAUAUUGACUUUGAUCAGUCAGAUGUUGGAUUGUCAAAAUCUCCUACCACCAGACUGAGGUGGAGGUGAGGAUGUUGCUGAACAGGGGCAUCAGUCUAUAAACUCAGCCUCUGCCUUCAAGAGCUGCUAAAGUAUAUAAAGGUGUUGAACCAGUCUGGCUUUCACUGGAGAGUUGUAGUGUCCUAUCAUGGCCUAGCUGCUGUUUCACCCUGCUUUCUCACGCUGACAUGAAUAAAAAUCUCGGGAAAACAUACAUAAAGAUGUUAAUUAUCGGCUUAAAAUACUGUAUCACCAAUCUGCAGCUUGGAGCUAAAAUUUUUAUCGGUAUCAGCCUUAAAAAAAAAAAAAAACAUUUUGCCAAUCAGAUUAUAUCAAUAGUUUGUAGGUUUUUAUUCUAACUCUGCCGAUGUUAGAUGAUUAGUAAGGAGUUGAUUAGAGACAAGGAACACAUGAGUAAAGUGAGCUGCUGUGGAGUUUGGGCCUCGCUUAGAGCUACCGUCUUUCAAGUCGUUUAGAUCACAGAUUAGUUAUUUUACACGGGUUCACACAGGGCAGUAAACUGCAGAGAAGCAGAAGUGCAACCAUGAGACAAAAAGUUUUCUCAGGAUCUCGUUAUAAUGACAAAGAUUUCUUUUUAACUUGACAUCAGGAGUUCAAUCAAAAUAAAAAUAUCCAUCUGUCUGGGUUAAAGCAAUAACAGUCCAAUUAAAGGAUGGAAGUUUGUGAGGUAAAAGGCAUUCCAGUUAUUCUAUAUUUAGUUUCUGCACAUCUGUGAACUAAGUCAAAGAGGUUCUGAUGAAACUUCUCUCAUUAUAACAAGAUUUUAUUUCUUCUUACAAUGAGGUGCUUUGUCAUGAUAAGAAAAUAAUUGGUCUUUUGUCAUUAUUUCAAGAUCUUGUUUUUUAGUGACCUUUGUUGCAUAUUUUUUGUGACUGGUGGCAGUUCUGUGCUGCCAUGGAAAACUGCUCUGUUUGAACCAAUACCCUGAGGCAUGUUGUACUUGUGGCCACGCCUCAGAGCAGCUGUGCAGUGCAGCAGUAGUUUUCUGUCCCCUGUGAUUCACCGUUGAUUUUAUCAAUGUCUUUAGUGUCAAUACGAAGCUCAGCACUGCACGUUCGGCGCUCUGAGAGGAGAGGUGUACCACAACAAUGCUCAGUGACAAGGAUCCAUGGGUUGCAUUCGCCAAAAACCUUCACCAAAACCCUGUGAAUUAGUUAAACACUGUUACUCGUCGUAUUGAAAAUUGCCAGAAGUUGUCACAGUACGAGCAAUAAAAACCUUCACCAUCAUUCCUUGUGGUAAAUCCUCUACCUAAGCUCGUGAAACCCCUCACUCGCUCACGCUCUGCUGCCUGCUCUAAAGGUUCCUCUGAGUCGGAUGUUUCCCUCCCCUGACGAUGAAAACGAGCAGAGGUUCAGCUCUGCUCUCCCAUAAUCUCUGUCUAACUAUAGGGCCCUCCAUGAAUCUGCACUGUGUGUCUAUGUACACAAAAAAGCUUUUUCUUUUUCUCUGUAAGCAAUAAUGAUGUUGCAUUAAAAGGCUCUCUGAGGGUUUGUCUUCUGCUGAAGGAUGCAACAAAAUGUAGUUCUGUCAGCCAUACUUGAAAGGUCACAGAGCAUAAAUGCAGAGUUCCUGAAGUCAAUUUCCCAUUCAUUUUUCCCACAGAGAAUAGGAUUAUGAGUCAUAAUCUGCUGCCUGUGGUAAGGUUCAUUUAACACACUCCUGCACCUCCUGCAAGAAGUCAUCAGUCAGUCUGAUUUCACUUUCUCCUGCUGAAAUACGAGACAUCACGUCACUAGGUGUGGCCAGCUGGUUCUCGAGCUCAAAUGCUGAACUUAAACGAUUUGCACGGAAAAAUGAAUGUGAAGCUUUCUUCUUUAAAAGGGAACCACGAUAUAGGAGGCAGGACAUUUCAGUUGUAUGGGCAUUCCUCAGCAGUUUGGACAUCUGUGUACAUUUGAAAAGACUGCUUGGAGUUUGAACCUCUCGGACCUAUGUGCUCUGUUCAAAUGUAGGCCAAUGGCCAACAUGGAUGAGGGCGGGGGUGGGGGGGUUGAUCACUGGGGGCUGUGAUUGGUUAGUUCGAGCCAGCAGCCCUCUCGUUCUUGUCCUCUAGGCUUGAAGACAAACCCCAUGAUUGGCUCUUAUUCAACAUGCAGGAUAGGUUUAAAAAAAAAAAAAAACAGUAAAACACACAUUGAGUACCUGUAUUAUCUGUGUUCCUGUAGUAUAUAAAUAUGUGUAUUGUAACUGGUGACUAAUUAUCAUGUAUAUAAA